AUGCCGGCUCGGAGCGGUAUAGACACGGGACAGAAGCUUCGGCUCAUCAGUUCUGCCGCGGCGCUCGGUAAUCUGCUCGGCCCAGUCGGGAACGCGUUCCAAAGCUUCGAGACCAAUGCCAAUGUCUUUAGACCUGGGCAUAGCGCGGGUGUAACGGUCAUGGGCCCGGCAGGUGGAGACGUCAUCGUCCAUGACAUCCACUCGGUAGCUGAUCUGCCAAGUCAACGCUCCUCGGUGAAAGCACGCGAUGCCUGGGGCCAAGAGGUGCGAGACGAUGAGAGAAGUAGUGGCAGUGGGAUAUCGCCCAGCAAAGCAGAUCAUGAUAGAGCUGUCCCCCUGAGCGAUGGAAGCCACAUCUUGUUCACGGAUCCCAAGACAGGGUAUCUUUGCUUGGGCACUGAUGCACCAGCAGGGUCGCUGGAUCGCUUAAUACGCAAGGUCUGGUUCCGUCCUCCAGCCAAUGCAUCGUCGCCGUUGCCCGUGUUAUACGCAGCUGGGGCCGACACACGACAUGGGGUUCGUGUCGUUGCAACAUUUUCAGUCGACGGUGGGGAUGGCAUGCAGCUCAACUCUGAUGAGGUUGCCACAGGCUGCGGCUUGGGCCCACAGAAGGCCAUGGACGCUGACAAGCAGAUGAUUGUCUUUUACACAGUACCUCCUGACCUGUUUCUUGCCAUGUCUCGAGGUCGAUCGCGUCACAGAUGGACGAGGACAGCCGAGGGUAUCGAGACGGAUAUGGAUGGCUUAUCGGGAUGGAUGGACUAG